AUGGUGAAGGGAAGUUCAAGGAAUCCUUCACUAUCACUGUUGCCUCAAUUAAGCCCUCAUCUUCCGCAGCAGGUGAGCCAUGGCCUGAACCGCCCCAUUCGCAAAUGUCUGCGGAGGUUGGAUUCAAGGUACUAUAUCGAUGCCUACACAUGGGAUAAAUCAUACAACUCAAGAUUACAGUAUGCGAAGUUAGAUGUCAACAUGGUGCAGCAGCUGCAUCAGAAGAAACUCAAUGGCAUCACAGGGCUCAUGAACGACAUCGUAUCCCAUAAGUUGGAGCAGGAGAGAGAACAUGUCCCAUCAAGCGUUGAAUGCUACAUGAAACAGCGUGGAGUUUCAGAGGAAGACACAGUUAAAUUGUUUAGAGAAGAGAUUAGAAAUGCUUGGAAAGUUAUCAAUGAGGAGCGGCUGAGACCAACUCCAGAUCCAAUGCCUCUGUUGGACAGAAUUAUGAAUCUUGCUCGUGCAAUGGAUGUCACCUGCUGGAAGGAUGGCGAUGGAUUCACAAACUCUUUCAUUUUAAAGGACUAUGUUGCUUCAUUGUUUAAGGACCCUCUUCCCUAA